GAUUCCAAUCGCAUUGUCAGUUUUGCCGUAGGUUUUGCAAACUUGCUAAGAAGAAAAUGAAGACUCUGGUAGCAUUUAUCUUGUUCCUGUACGUAUGCAAAAGCAGUCAACUGCAGGAAAAUUCAACUAAAAGAGUGAUGGGUGCUUACUUUGCAAACUGGGCUCAGUACCACACCAAGCCCUACACUUACACGCCAGAGAAACUUGCACCUAUCAUCGGAAAGGUCGACCAGUUGAUGUACUCAUUUCUCUAUUUCGAUGACAACACGUACAAUGUGCGACUCAUUGAACCGAAAGACCCGGAAUUCAUCAAGACCAUCACUGGCUACAAGUCCUCCAAUCCUAACUUGAAGGUCAUUGCAUCAAUUGGAGGUUGGAAUUUCCCUUCUGCUCUGUUCAGUAAAAUGAUGAGCAGCUCUGAGUCUCGCAGUGCUUUCAUUAAAUCACUGAAGGACACACUUGAGAAAUAUCAAUUUGACGGUGUUGAUAUUGAUUGGGAGUAUCCAUGCAGCUCACCCCGUACAGAUUAUGUGAAGUACACGUGUGCGGAUAUUAAGGACUCUCAUGAUGCAGGUGGUAAAUGUCCCGACGAUACAAACAACCUUUUAAUGUUUGUCAAAGAACUCCGUCAGUCGUUGGGUUCAGAUGCAUUUAUUAGUUUUGCUAGUCCAGGAUCAAAGGAUAAGUGGGAGAAAUGGGAUCUCAAAACAAUGUCAAGCUACGUUGAUUACUGGCACGUGAUGACGUAUGAUUACACAGUGUCUGAUAUUAAAAACUCGUCUGUAACAGCACCUAAUGCUCCUCUCUAUACUCCAACAGAUACUAAUGGUGUUGUUCAAUGGAGCAUUGACUACACUAUAACUGGCUAUCUUGCGGCUGGCGUCCCUGCUAAUAAAAUAAUGCUGGGUAUACCUCUGUAUGGGCAUACAUGGUAUAUCCCAAAUAUAAAAGGUGAUGAGUGGCAGAGCUAUGGAUUGAAUGCAUCCAUUCAAGGUGAUUGCUGUGGUUCGUUCAAAAGUACAUACGGUGCACUAUAUGGGAAAGGCUCUCAAUUAUGCGGUACAUAUAUGUACAGUGAAAUAGUUGCUGCUGGCCCAUUAUAUUACUUUGAUACAAAGACAAAAACUGCAAUAGCAUACAUGGCUAAAGACUCACAAGAUGGUUGGACUAAAGCUGGUACAUGGUUUACGUACAAUGACAAGAACUCCAUUGAUGCAAUAGCAAAAUACGUUGGUGAGAAGAAUCUAGGAGGUGCCUUUAUAUUUGACACAUCAGAAGAUUCCCUGAGCUAUGAGACAGGGGAGUUCACCUAUACACUCAUGUCAGCUCUUGCUACUGGCCUUAAGGGAGGAGGAGGAAAUGAGGGACAGAAGAAUUUUUGUGCUCCAUCUCCUUCUAGCCAAUGCAAUGUUUGUCAGAAGUGUUGUAAGAACUACCUUACCAUUCAGCGUGAUUGUGAUGCUUGCGUUGUUAUUAACUGCCCAUAACUAUGCCAAUAGUUAAUUUGGUAAACUAUAUUUUUCUCUUUCUAGAAGUAUGUGUGCUUAUAUUUUUUGUGUGCUUUUAUAAUGAGUUAAUUUAGAAAAA